AGAGGUAGUACGCAAGACCCAGCUCCGGAGCGGCUGACGGCGUGCUUUUCUACUCUGGGGGGACUUGGACUCUAGCGUCUGGUGUGCCACGCUCUAAACUCUAUAGAGGGAUGUAGUAUCUAUAUCAUAUGGACUUUAUACAGUAAUUGCGGUACAACGAAGAAUACUUUGUUGCAAAUGUGACACAAAAAAAAUAUACAUUGGAAUUUCGCAUGGAGCGUAGUCACCACUGAAUCAGCAACGUAUAAGGCAACAACGACAGUGAUGAUCAAGACGGGCGCAGCGGCAGUGACUGUGGUGACACUGGCACUGUUGGCGAUCCAGGAGAGCAGUGCCACGCCGCUUCCUGUCCGGGUGUCGGCGAAGGCGAGCUACAAGGAGAGGCUGGCGGCGGCGCGCGAGCUCCUUCGGGAAUCACCGCUCAUCGACGGCCACAACGACCUGGCAUGGAACCUGCGCAUGUUCCUGCACAACAAACUCCACUCUUUCAACCUGUCAGCCGACCUCGCACAGGAGAAACCGUGGAUGAAAUCUUCUUUCUCGCACACGGACCUGCCUCGUCUGCGCAGAGGUCAUGUGGCAGCACAGUUCUGGUCGGUGUACGUGCCGUGUGAGUCGCAGUACCUGAACACCGUGCAGCUUCUGAUGGAGCAGAUCGACGUCAUCAAGCGCAUGAUCGCCGCCAGCCCCGAGGAAACGACGCUGGUCACCUCCCCAGCAGGUAUCGAGGCUGAAUUUCACAACGGGCGUGUGGCGAGUCUCAUGGGCGUGGAAGGUGGCCACAGUUUAGCGAGCAGCAUGGGCGUUAUGAGGGCUCUGUACGAUUUGGGCGUCCGAUACAUUACCCUCACACACAAGUGCCAUACGCCAUGGGCCGAGUGUUCAGAGACGGGUGGACCGGCGGCGAACUCCCGAGGUCUCACGCCCUAUGGCAAGGAGAUGAUCAGGGAGAUGAACCGCCUCGGCAUGAUGGUCGACCUCUCGCACUCGUCCACCAGCACCGUGAGGGACGCCCUGGAGACCUCGCUGGCGCCCGUUAUCUUCUCGCACUCCGCCGCCCGCACCCUCUGCGACAUUGAGAGGAACGUUCCCGACGACGUUCUCAGCUCUCUGGCAUCGAACGGAGGCCUUGUGAUGGUGAGUUUCUACAACGAUUUCCUCACUUGCGGGAAGAAGGCGACCAUAAAAAACGUCAUUGGGAUUGAUUUCCACCUUUUUGACCUUCAGACUUCCUUCCACACGUUCCUAGAGAUCUUUCUCCAGAUCUUCAAACAUUCCUUCAGACCACCAGACUUAUCUUCAUACAUCCCUUUAUACUUUCAGACCUCCCCUUAUUCAGCUGAGGUUUCGAACGGAGUUAUGAGCUCUGCAGUGGUGACAGAACUGAAGGACUGGUGUCUCACUAGGUUAAGUUACUCUUGUGACGACGAUCUAAUUAUCGAUCCGGCCAAAAGAUUAAAACAAAACAAAAACGAAAAGUCAUAUCAACACGAAUCUCUGUUUUAUAUGGCCUUCCCAUACUGCAUAAACACGAGCCCAUUAACCACUAAGGAAUACAGUAUAGAAACCCUUUUUUCUUCAAGGAAAUUUGUACUCUUAAGCUACAUCCGGCAUGGGAAAAGAAGGACCUAA